AUGGUCCGAGGCAAGGAGCACAUCGAGAUCGACGUGGCGGAAUUGGACAGCUGGGAUGCGCCCUUACACGGGGUACCAUCUCGAGUAUAUGAGCGGUUAAGACGGGACGAGCCGUCGGCGCAGGAGAAGGCACGAACCGGGCAGGUAGUCCCGUCUACGGAGCGUGGCCUAGACGAGGGAGAAGCAGUAGAUAUUCGAGAAGUGCUGGCUACGUUAGGUCAGGGGGACGAUAUCGAGACUAGCCAGGAGGUAACAGAAGAAAUGGAACAGGGCGAUGCUACCGAUAGGGAUAGGGAUAGGGUCCUUGGCGAUGCUGCAGUCCCCGUUCAUGAAACCAGUUCAUCUGGCAUAUUCGCACUAGAUAAGGGACCGGAUAUCGCGAACGGGGAGAAGUUACAGUACGUUCGUGACGCACUAGGCCAACAGGAUCCGGGUAAUAAACGACGGGGUGGGACGGCAGAGGUGCGGCGUUGGAACGGUGCCGAGCCGUAUAUCGUGGUAAACCGGGGCGAGGACUUUGCCGAUCCGUUCGAUGCACGGUUUUUCGCAAAGACGUUCCCAACGCUGUUCCCUCUCGGUCGUGGGGGCCCACUUCAGGCGGAUAAGAGCAUCCAGGACGUCGCUGGGGCGAGGGACCGUCACGGUGGUCGAUUCGCGUUAUACCACAUCUUUCCCUUUCUUGUUUUUAAUGUAGGCGUCCGGUCAAGGAAUCGCCGUGCCAGUAUGGCGAGUGUCGCAAGGAAAGAUUUCCCCGCAGUCGAGUGUAUCGCUCUUAAGGAGCCUAUCGCUGUAUGGAUAUCGCCAGCCGAUGUCGAGGGAGAGUCGUUUAAGCAUGCGGCGCAAGAUCCAGUCCCUCAUCAUUCGGGAUGGUAUUCCGGCAAUCUGGUUCACGCUGAAUCCGAACGAUAUAACCAAUCCGAUCAAGCUCCGGCUUGCUGCGUAUCGGACCCGGGAUCCAGAGGUGGCUGA